AAAGGCACGGAACGGUGAUGAAAAGUAGUGGUAGUGCUGGCUAAAUUUAUAACACCGUGGUGCUGGCAGUGAAAUAGUGUUUUCCAUCUUUUUAGUGCGAUAAUUUGUCUGUCCUUGAUUUUGUCGCGUUCAUGGCGCAGUAGUUUCAAAAGGCCAGAUCGAAAAAUUUGUCAUUUACUGUUACGGGGGCCGCUAAAGUUGAGUAAAAGUUGAUAAAAGUUGAGCAUUUUCAACCAACUAUAAAACAUGCCUCCCACAGUGCAAAGUGGGAAACCACAACCAAAACGCCCUCAUACAGUGGAAAGAAGAUCUGAGCUGGUAUGUGGUGUGAAAUACUGCAACACCCUGCCAGACAUUCCAUUUGACCCAAAGUUCAUCAAUUAUAUGUUUGAAAGUAACAGAUAUGUGGCCUACAAUCCGACCUCUCUGGAACGCAACUACAAGCACGAGCUGCUGACCGAGCAUGACCUGGGCGUCACCAUUGACCUCAUCGACCCGGACCGGUACACGGCGGAGCACGGCGGCGAGCUGGACCCAGCAGACGAGCGGCUGCUCGAGGAGGACUCGCUCGCGCCGCAGGACUUCAAACGAUCCCGUCAUCAUGCCAAGAACGUCUCCUGGCUCCGGAGGACCGAGUAUAUCUCCACUGAGAUCACUCGUUUCCAGCCGACCACCAUGGACAAGAUCGAGUCCAAGGUCGGAUUCAGCAUCAAAAAGCAGAUGGAGGACAACAUGUACAUGGAUCGCGAGUCGCAGAUCGCCGCCAUCGAGAAGACGUUCGAGGACGUCAAGAAGCCGGUGCUCAAACACUACAGCAAGCCGGGCGUCACCGCCGUCGCUGAGAUGCCCGUCUUCCCCGACUUUGACCUGUGGAAGUUCCCGUGCGCUCAGGUCAUAUUCGACUCUGACCCGGCGCCACAGAACAUUCCUGCCCACGAACAGGUGGAGGUCAUGUCCCAGGCCAUGAUCAGGGGUGUGAUGGACGAGUUUGAGGAGCAGUUUGUCGCCUACUUCCUCCCCAGCGAGGAAACGCUGGUCAAGAGGAAAGAGGACUCGGAGGCCGGAGUCGAGUACAGGGACGAUGUCGAAUACGACUACGUCAUGCACCGCGAGUACAACUGGAACGUGAAGAACAAGGCGUCCAAGGGCUACGAGGAGAAUUACUUCUUUAUCACGCGCGACGACAAGGUCUUCUACAACGAGCUGGAGACGCGGGUGCGUCUCUCGAAGCGCCGUCAGAAGGGCACGGCUCCGAGCCGGUCCCGGCUAGUGGUCCGUCACCGACCGCUCAGUUCGGCCGAGUUCCGCGUGCAGCGCUACAGAGAGCGCCAGCUCGAGCCACCCGGCGAGGAACCGGAGGAUGAGGAGGAGGAUGAGGAAGAGGAGGAGGAGGGUCUGCCCGAGACGGCAGCCAACGCCGAGAGUGACGCAGGAAGCGCCAAGUCUGGCCGGUCCAGAUCCGGCUCCCGCUCUCCGGCGAACCGCAGCGGCAGCGGCUCACCGUCCCGGUCCAGGUCCAGGUCCAAAUCCCGGUCCAAAUCGCGAUCCAAGUCGCGAUCCAAAUCCCGCUCCAAGUCCCGCUCCCAGUCACGGUCGAAGUCGCGGUCGCGAUCAAAGUCGCCGUCUCCGUCCAAGUCCAGGUCGAAGUCCCGGUCCAAGUCGCGCUCGCCGUCGCGCUCCAAGUCUCGCUCACGCUCCCGGUCGGCGUCUGGCUCUCGGUCGCGCUCGUCGUCUGCCGCCAGCCGGGCCAGCUCCAACGACUCGCGGCAGUCGGCGGCGUCCCGCUCCUCGUCUGGCUCUGCCAGCUCCAGCUCUUCCGAAAACGAACAGAAGAAACGCGACGAGGAGGAGAUCUUCGGCAGCGACUAGCCGGUCUCAAGGCGGGCGGAGAUAUUCGGCACUCUGGUCGAAAGAUGCUCGGUGGGGGUCGGAGAAGUGCGGUGAAGACCGCUCCCGCGCGACUCGCUCCUCUGCGCCGGGAUGACGCGGGUGUGUGGACGCGAGUGGACGUGGUGUGGAAGCUGUGGAACGCUGUCUUUGGUGGUUGCUGGCUCUGGGAGAGCCCCAGUGUGUCGCUCUUGCAGACCGGUGUCACUCCUGCGAUGCGCGCUGUCAGCCGAUACCGACUCGGGACGACGCGGCUGACGCGAUGGCCGGUCCGCACUCUACCGUCGCCGUGGGUACUUUUCGGGCUGGUUAUCUGAGUUCAUGCGACUCAUGAUGCGUAUUCGUCACAUUGUUCAUAUGCUGUAAAAUAAACCAUUGUCUCCUUG